AUGGUCAUCGUUACCGGCAAUAGACCUGAUAUGUCGGAAGGACAAACGCCAGACUGGGACAUUAACGACGCGGUCGUUCCCCGCGUCGUCAAUUUUGACGCAUUUGGUGAAUGGUGCGACGGGCAUGUCCGUCGUGUUUAUCCGCCGGCUUGCGAGGAGGCCCGCAGACAUGCUUCUGGAUGGGCCAUGAGGAAUACUAACAACCACAACGUCCACAUAUUAAAAAAAAGCUGUUUAGGGGUACUAGUCUGUUCAGCAAGAUGCCGUCUCCCCGAUGGGUCUAGGAUACAUCUAAGACCUGCUAUAUGUGAUAAGGCCAGAAAAAAGCAACAAGGUAAACCUUGUCCAAAUAGGGGGUGCAACGGUGGACGCCUAGAAGUAUUGCCCUGCCGCGGGCAUUGCGGCUAUCCAGUCACUCACUUCUGGCGACACACAGAACAUGCGAUAUUCUUCCAGGCGAAAGGGGCCCACGACCACCCUCGACCGGAAGCUAAAGGAGCAAGUGAAGUCCGGCGCUCCCUUGGAGCUGGACGCAGAGUCAGAGGACUAGCAUUGUUGCUAGCUCGAGAAGCGGCAAUGGCGGACAAAAUGCUGACGACGAACGCUGAUAAACCGAAUGUGAACAAUGCACAUCCACAACCACCUCCACUCAUACCUGAUAAUCAAAGAGUACAAUUGACUUGCACAUGUGGACCAUUCGAAUGUUCCUGUCGUUGGCGACCCGAGCUAACCGCAGACACCUACGCAACGGGUGCUUGGUCACCACAAAACACUCAGUCUUAUCAUGCGUAUGCACCGUCUGCACCUCAAGAUCCACCGCUACAGGCCCAACAUUACGACCCCAUUGCUUUGCCGGGAGACGAAAUGUAUCAUCCCAACGAAAUCUUCCAUCUAGACCAACCCAUCAGAUUAGACUUUCCGGCAGAAGAACAUACGCUGGAAUCAUCGUUAACAUUUGCCGAUCUCAAUAGCGAAAACUCCAGGCCAGAAGAAGCUUACUGGUUAGACUGGCAACGGCCGGCCGGUGGCUCUGAGUCUAGUGAGACGCCGUCACCUGAAUUGCUGGGUAGUGGUCAUCAGCAAGCGGAGGCAUACUGUGAACAGCCGUACGUUCCACAAGCAUACUACCCGGAAGGGGCCCAGUAUUAUCCCAAUGAACACACUAGAACCUCGCCAGAAAUGGAUGAAGCGCAAUUCUAUCCCACUGAAAGUAGAACUUCGGCACCAAUGAACACACAGGAACAAAGGUUCCUAAGAUACGGGCAGGAAUACUCUCAGACGAAUGUAGACAUGCACACCUGGAAUUACUCCGACUGUGCUUUUACCUCCAACGACACGACAUCGACGUCUGUUAACUUACAUAGGCAAUACUUCGAUGUAGUUGAUUUGUAA